ACGGAAAACAUUUGAUCCGCUUAUAGAGUGAAACGUCCGUUUUCAAAUGCCUCGACCUCCGCCGUGGUGUGGAGGGGGUCGAAGACCCCCAGAGACCCUAAACGGACAAAAAUUUUGUGAAGGCAGAGGCGAUCCAAUAUUUUUUAUUUCAGUGAUUUAGAUCGAGGGCUUCCUGGGUAGGGCUUCCUGGCCUUUUGGAAAGAAGCGUUCUCAACAGACAUGUCGUCGCCAAUGUACAGCUAAUGUGGUCAAUUUUCCGCGUGCAAGUUGCGUGACAACCAUAGAGUUUGUCACAUAUCUGUCAGCUGAUCGCUUCGGCCUAUUACGGUACCCGCUUGAAAAACGCGGGAAAAUUGUGUCACGUGAACAGAUCAGCCGACGAAGACAGCAUGGCGGAAUCCUCAAGUAGUCUAGGUGUACCCAGCAGCCCUCAGCGGACAGAUGGCCUCACAUCAAGUCCAGGAAGGGAUCUGCCGCCGUUUGAAGAUGAAACUGAUGCAGUCCUUGGUAAUGAUGAUGUGGCAGAGGAGGAAGAAGGCGAAGAGUUGUUUGGCGACAGGAUGGAACAAGAUUACCGUCCAAUCCCAGCACUCGAUGUGUAUGAUCCCGCUGCAUUAGAUGAUGAAGACUUUGAUGAAAUGGCACCAGAGGCGCGGCAGGAAGCUGAGCGGCUCAUGAGAAAGAGAGACAGAGAAGAGGCAGCUGCCAGAGGACGACUUCACCGGGGACUUCUUUAUGAUGAAACUGAUGAGGAAGACGAGGAGCAACCAAGACGUCGGCGUAGGCUUGCGGAAAGAGCAGCUGAUGGAGAUAUGCAAGAUGAGGAUGAACUUAUUGAAAGUAUUGAAAACCUGGAGGACAUGAAAGGACAUUCUGUGAGGGAGUGGGUGUCUAUGCAGGCACCUCGCCUGGAAAUCAAGAACAGGUUUAAACAGUUCCUUCGUUCAUUUGUUGAUGAUCAAGGAAAAAGCGUUUACAGGGAGAAAAUUUCACAGAUGUGUGAAGCAAACAAACAAAGCCUUGUUGUUGAUUAUAACAUACUGGCCAACGAGCAACAAGUUUUAGCUUAUUUCCUCCCAGAAGCUCCAUCAGAAGUCCUGCAGAUCUUUGAUGAGGGUGCAAAAGAAGUGGUACUGGCAAUGUUUCCAAACUAUGACCGAAUCACCAGUGAUAUCCAUGUGCGAAUUGCUGACUUGCCCCUCAUGGAGGAACUGAGAUCUUUAAGGCAAUUACAUGUGAACCAACUCAUAAGGACUUGUGGAGUUGUAACGAGUAGCACAGGCAUUCUUCCCCAGCUCAGUAUGGUGAAGUAUGACUGUCAAAAAUGCUCAUUUAUCCUGGGUCCAUUCUUUCAGUCGCCCAAUCAGGAAGUAAAGCCAGGGUCUUGUCCAGAGUGUCAGUCACGAGGACCUUUUGAAAUAAACAUGGACCAGACCAUAUAUCAGAACUUCCAAAAAAUCAAGAUUCAAGAAAGUCCUAGUAAAGUCGCUGCAGGCAGACUUCCACGAUACAAAGAUGUAAUUCUUACUGGUGAUCUUGUCGACAGCUGCAAACCAGGAGAUGAAAUUGAGUUGACAGGUAUUUACAGAAUCAAUUAUGACACAAGCCUGAACCGUUCUAAUGGCUUUCCAGUAUUCGCUACUGUGAUUGAAGCCAAUUUCAUCACCAAACAGGAUGACAAACUAGCUGUGACAAGUUUGACAGACGAGGAUAUCAAGGCAAUUAUUGAUUUAUCAAAAGAUGAGAAAAUUGGUGAAAAGAUUAUAAAUAGUAUUGCGCCAUCCAUAUAUGGUCAUGAAGACAUCAAGAGAGCAAUAGCUCUGGCUAUGUUUGGUGGUGUGGCCAAAGAUCCAGGUGGAAAGCACAAACUUCGUGGCGACAUCAACAUCCUGUUGUGCGGUGACCCAGGAACAGCCAAGUCCCAGUUUCUAAAGUAUGUCGAGAAGGCUGCUCAGAGAGCUGUGUUUACAACUGGCCAGGGUGCGUCAGCUGUUGGAUUGACUGCAUAUGUUCAGAGACACCCAGUCACUAAAGAGUGGACACUUGAGGCUGGUGCACUGGUUCUGGCAGACAAAGGUGUCUGUUUGAUUGACGAGUUUGACAAAAUGAAUGAUGCAGAUCGCACAAGUAUUCAUGAAGCCAUGGAACAACAAAGCAUCUCAAUUUCCAAAGCUGGGAUUGUUACCUCAUUACAGGCACGAUGUAGUAUCUUAGCUGCAGCUAAUCCAAUUGGUGGGCGAUAUGACCCAUCGUUGACUUUUGCCGAAAAUGUUGAUCUCACUGAACCCAUCUUAUCACGGUUUGACAUUCUCUGUGUGGUUAAAGACACAGUGGAUCCAGUGCAGGAUGAAAUGCUGGCCAGGUUUGUUGUCAACAGCCAUGUUAAGCACCACCCUAAUGCUGUGAACAACAAGGAUGAUGAUGAUGAUGAUGACUUUCAGCAGAAUGCUUUGCAACCUGGUGUGGAAACCAUUCCUCAAGAAAUGCUAAAGAAGUACGUCAUAUAUGCCCGUGAGAAAAUCCACCCCAAACUGCACAAUAUGGACCAGGAUAAGAUAGCUAGAAUGUUUGCCGAGCUCAGAAAAGAGUCAAUGGCCACUGGCUCCAUUCCCAUCACUGUUCGACAUAUCGAGUCCAUGAUCCGAAUGGCCGAGGCCCACGCGAAGAUGCAUCUGCGGGAAUACGUGACGGAGGAUGAUGUCAACAUGGCGAUUAGAGUUAUGCUGGAGAGUUUCAUUGAUACUCAGAAGUUCUCUGUGAUGAGAAAUAUGAGAAAGGCAUUUUCGCAGUACUUGGCGUACCGUCGUGACAACAACGAGUUGCUGUUGUUUGUGCUGAAGCAGCUGGCCAAGGAACAAGUGACAUUCUCCCGCAGUCGGUACCGCAGUGAACCUGCUGUGAUUGAAAUUCAGGAGGAUGAAUUCACGGACAGGGCGCGGCAAAUAAACAUAACAAGUUUGGGAUCGUUCUACGACAGCCCAAUGUUCACGUCUAAUCGAUUUAUCCACGACAAGAAACGAAAGCUCAUCAUUCAAACACUGUAGGCUAGGCUGCCUCUUGUUGAACGGUUCGAAACCUGUUUUAGACAAUUUCAACCAUUGCGUUACUGGACAAUAUAAUGAUAAGAAAGGAGUCACACCCUUUUCACUGUAUCAACUUGAUGGCUCGUUGCGUGACUAGAAGCGAAAUGUGUAACGAUGGCUUGACACCCUUUUCGGUGAAGUAUAGCACUCUUCGUGAGGAGGGAAUGGUUAUGAGAAGCUGAAAAUGCUGCAGUUCAAUUUUACGUACAUUCCCGAACGGACGGUCCUGAAGCUUAUGUUAACGUUUCUUUUUUUGCACGUGCUUAAUGCAUGAUGUAAGUCUUGUAAAUUAAUAGCUUUGUUUUUGUACAGACGUGUGUAUCCGUGGUAUAAAAUACAUUUAUCUUCUCAAAA